GUGUUUACGUUUGUAUAUUUCAAAGUCUGUUGCGCCUACUGCCGAUGGCAGCAAAAUCGUCGACGCGUGCGUCGAGCAGCACUUAGCUUUCGAUAUCAUCCAAACGCCGCAAUGAAUGUGCGUAGAGGUCCAACAGGCCGUUACGGUCAGCGCUAUGCUGGCAUAAGAAGACAUGGAAGCCUGACACGAGCGCACGGUACUCGUGUCAAAGGUACUUUCAGCGAUACAAAAAGUGUCCGCAGUUCACGGAGCUUCAAUCGCUAUGAUAAAUUCGACACAGCAUCGCUUCCCGGUCGUAGAAAUCUAGCUGCUGCUUUAAGUAGCAGAUCACCUUAUGAUUCGAUACAGAAGUAA